CUCUUUAAGCCUGACAUAUCUCCAACAGGAACAAAUUGUCCCAACAAUCAACAUCCGAAUCUCCCGUACGCAUCAGGGGUGGAGUGGAUAUUCCACGAACGGAUAGCAGUGGAUUCUGGAACACAAUAACAAACCAGUAAAAAAAGUAGCCUAGUCAAGAAAGCGCGUGGCAUCAUUUUGGAUACCAGCCUUGGUCGGAGGAGACACCAUGUCAAUAUUACCGUCGUUUGGGUUUACUCAAGAGCAGGUCGCCUGCGUAUGCGAGGUGCUGCAACAGGGAGGGAACCUGGAGAGACUAGGACGCUUCCUCUGGUCUCUACCCGCUUGCGACCACCUCCACAAGAACGAGAGCGUACUCAAAGCAAAGGCAGUGGUCGCAUUCCACCGAGGGAACUUCAGGGAGCUCUAUAAGAUCCUGGAGAGCCACCAGUUUUCGCCCCACAACCAUCCCAAGCUACAGCAGCUGUGGCUGAAAGCGCACUACGUGGAAGCGGAGAAAUUGCGCGGCCGACCACUCGGAGCCGUAGGGAAGUAUAGGGUCCGGAGGAAAUUCCCUUUGCCCCGCACGAUAUGGGACGGCGAGGAGACAAGUUACUGCUUUAAGGAGAAGUCCAGGGGUGUUCUGAGAGAGUGGUACACGCAUAACCCAUAUCCCUCCCCAAGGGAAAAAAGAGAAUUGGCCGAAGCCACGGGAUUGACCACUACACAAGUCAGCAACUGGUUCAAAAACAGACGGCAGAGAGAUAGAGCGGCUGAGGCUAAAGAAAGAGAGAACAGUGAAAACAACAACGCCGGUAACAACAAACAGAACCAGCUGUCUCCCCUCGACGGCGGCAAGUCGCUGAUGUCCAGCUCGGAGGAUGAAUUCUCUCCACCGCAAAGCCCCGAUCAGAACUCUGUGCUUUUGCUCCAGGGAAACAUGAGUCACCCCAGCGCCUCCUCUUACCCUAUGACGGGCCUCGGUGGAGCACAGUCGGUGCAUGGAAUGCACGGACACCCGCACCAACUUCAAGACUCGUUGUUGGGACCGCUAACAUCUAGUCUUGUGGAUCUAGGGUCCUAAAGACUACCUAAUCUCUUCUAAAAGACUGAUAACAUGAUCAGAUUAAGUACAUAUAUGAAAUUACACUAUGGUACCUUAUAACUAUAGACUGACUUGUCUGUCGUUAAAUUUGGUUAGAGCUUUAACGCAAUUCUUUUACGCGCUUAUUCUAUAGCCACUAGGAGCCUACCCUCCUGUCCGUGAAAACAGUACCAUCAGAGGCCCCGUUCUAGAACUCUUAACUCAACGAAACACUUAGGCUAACUGGACUGCCCAUUUGCUUAAUUUAUGAUAUUUGUUAAGAUAAAAAAUUUAUAGCAACUUCCUGCUAUGGAAACUUAGAAGCAAAGUUUUCCUUAGCCUAGAGUCAUAAUUAUAAGUUUCCAAUAAAACAAAAAUCGUCA